ACUUAACAAAGAUGUAUGUCCUAAAAAUCUUUCUUCUUGUAACUGUGCUAGCAUACGCUCAAACAGCUGUACUAGAUCCAGUAGAAACAUUAGAAGGUUUAGAACUAACUCAUCCAUUGAAAGCUUUAUCGAGAAACAGAAGACACGAUGCAGCUGAUCUUUCACCUAUGACAACUGAUGAACAACCACAAGAAAGAUUUCUAGGAGGAUUGUUGAGAAAAGGUUCAAGUUCAAUAAUUGAACUUUUAAAGAAAGUGAUUGAUAUGAUAAUUGGCCUUCUAACAGGAGGAGGAUUUUAAAUUCUGUUAAUUUUAUGCGUUUAUUACGAUAGCUAUUCAUAACAGUGAAAGGC